AUGAUGGUAGCUGAAACCACAAAGCCGCACGUCUCUUUGCUGCCAAGCCCAGGCUUGGGCCACAUCAUCCCUCUCUUCGAGCUCGCUAAGCGACUAGUCAUCCACCAUGACUUCCAUGUGAGCUUCCUUGUCAUCACCACCAACGAAGCCUCUGCGGCCCAGGAACAGCUCCUCCGAUCACCAACUCUCCCUUCUGGCCUUGACAUCGUCGAGCUUCCUCCGGUUGAUGUUUUUGCCAUUACCACCGAUGAUACGCUGGUUCUUACUCGCAUAUGUGUCAUUGUAGAAGAGAGUCUCAAGUCUCUGAAAUCUGUCCUCGUAGAGUUAGGCAACCCAAAAGCACUUGUCAUUGAUUUGUUCUGCACCCAAGCUUUCGAGGUCUGCGGUGAAUUAUCAAUCCCAGUUUACUCGUUCUGUACUGCAUCCACCGCUUUGCUUACCCUUUCUCUUUAUCUUCCUACUCUUGACCGUGAAGUGGAUGGUGAGUUCGUUGAUCUCCCAGAACCGAUUAAGGUUCCUGGUUGUAUCCCGAUUCGAACUGAAGACCUGCUGGACCAAAUUAAGAACCGGAAAAUCGAUGAAUAUAAAUGGUAUUUACUUCAUGUGAGCCGAUUGCCUUUGGCAGCUGGGAUACUUCUUAACUCGUGGGAGGAUCUCGAACCAGUUGGCCUUAAAGCUGUAAGAGAGAAUUCAUUCUUCAAACAAAUACCCACACCACGUGUUCACCCAGUAGGACCACUGAUCAAACAAGAAGAAACAACAACUGCUGCUGCCUCGAAUAUAGAAUGCCUUGCAUGGCUAGACAAGCAACCGCCUGGCUCUGUUCUCUUUGUAGCUCUCGGCAGCGGUGGCACCUUGACAGCUGAGCAACUCACUGAACUAGCAUGGGGGCUGGAACUGAGCCAGCAGCGGUUCAUCCUGGUUGUCCUUUCACCAACAAAUAGUAGUGCCUCUGCUACAUUUUUCAACGUGGGAAGUGACGUUAACGAUCCAAAGGCUUAUCUACCAGAAGGAUUCUUUGAGAGGAUUGAAGAAAGGGGACUGGUGGUUCCAUCAUGGGCUCCACAGGGGUUAGUGCUUAAACACCCAUCAACCGGAGCAUUUCUAUCUCACUGCGGGUGGAACUCAACAUUGGAGAGCGUAACUUAUGGUGUACCAAUGAUUGCCUGGCCGCUCUACGCAGAGCAGAGAAUCAACGCCACAAUAUUAGCAGAGGAAGUUGGGGUGGCGAUCAAGCCAGCCGUGGGAGAGGGGAAGACGACGGUAGGACGUAAAGAGAUAGAGAGAGUUGUAAAACUGGUGAUAGAAGGCGAGGAAGGGAAGUUGAUGAGAACAAGGGCUUUAAAGCUACAGGAAAGUGCUGCUAAAGCUUUGGAUAUUUGUGGGUCGUCUCAUGAUUCUCUUGCUCGUGUGGCCAAGGAAUGGAAGGCUUAGCCCGAAACAUUGGUGAAUAAAUUUCCAUGAUAUUUCAUUCUCCAUUGUCAGAAUUCUGUGUGUUCUCUGUAACAAGGAGAUAUGUUACGCUUUUCUAUCAAUAAAUAAACAUCAGCUUUAAGUUAAUUAAA